AUGCCUGACUUCAAGAUCUCGGCGUCCCUUGAGGGCCACAGCGAUGAUGUCCGCGCUGUGGUCUUUCCUUCUCCCAAUCUGAUAUUCUCUGCUUCUCGUGAUGCGACCGUUCGACGUUGGAAGCUCCUUUCCUCCCCACCACCCACUUACGACGAUACAAUCACGGCACAUGGACAGGCUUUCAUCAAUAGCUUAGCUUGCCUCCCGCCUACACUUGAGUACCCCGAGGGCCUCGUGCUAUCGGGUGGUCAGGAUACCAUCAUUGAGGCCCGACACCCCAACAAGGUUGCGAGUGACAAUGCUGAUGCCAUGCUGCUCGGACAUGCUCAUAACGUCUGUUCCUUGGAUGUAUCUCCUGAUGGUGGCUGGAUUAUCAGUGGUAGCUGGGAUUCAUCAGCCUGCCUCUGGAAGAUCGGUAAAUGGGAGCCCGAGGUGAUUUUUAAGGGUCACGAGGGCAGUGUUUGGGCGGUCCUGGCUUAUGAUAAGGACACUAUCAUCACUGGAUGCGCCGACCAAAUGAUUCGCAUAUUCAAUACCACAGGCACCCUUCUUGGAAGCUUCAAGAACUCCGAUGACGUCGUUCGUGCCCUAUGUAAGGUCCCAACAUCGAAUCCCACAGGCGCCCAGUUCGCAACCGCUAGCAACGAUGGAAUAAUUCGAUUGUAUACCUUGAAGGGGGAUCUGGUCGCCUCUCUUAAGGGUCAUCAGAGCUUCGUUUACUCUCUCGCCGCGCUUCCAUCUGGUGAGCUUGUGAGUGCCGGCGAGGACCGAACCGUCCGAGUCUGGAAUGGUACAGAAUGUGUGCAGACUAUCACCCACCCUGCCAUCUCUGUAUGGAGCGUUGCAGCUUGCCAGGAGAAUGGAGAUAUCGUUACAGGUGCCAGUGAUCGUGUUACUCGUGUUUUCAGCAGAAGCCCAGACCGUCACGCCACCCCAGAAGUGAUUCAGCUGUUCGAUCAAGCUGUCAAAGACUCGGCCAUUCCGGCUCAGCAAGUUGGAUCAGUUAAUAAGGAACAACUGCCUGGCCCAGAGUUCCUUAAGCAGAAGUUGGGGACGAAGGAGGGUCAAGUCCAGAUGAUUCACGAGAGUGAUGGAAGUGUGACCGCACACACAUGGUCCUCCCAAUCACAGGAGUGGAUUGCCGUGGGUACAGUUGUUGAAUCUGCAGGAAGCAGUGGACGCAAAACUGAAUAUCUUGGACAAGAUUAUGAUUACGUCUUUGAUGUCGAUAUCGAAGACGGAAAGCCCCCGCUCAAGCUUCCUUACAACGCUUCCCAGAAUCCAUACGAGGCAGCCACUAAAUUCAUUGGAGACAACGAACUAUCCAUGAAUUAUCUGGACCAAGUUGCAGCUUUUAUAACACAAAACACUCAGGGUGCCACCCUUGGCCAGCCUCAAGAACCAGCAUCUCAGGGCGCAGAUCCAUGGGGCUCGGAUCGACGUUAUCGUCCUGGUGACGCUACUGCUGACCAAAACGCUCAACCACCAAUUCCAGAAUCUCGCCCAGAGGUCCUUCCCCAGAAGACCUAUCUCUCUAUCCGAUCUGCAAACCUCAAGCUUGUCUCUAAAAAGCUCUUGGAAUUGAAUAAGAAGCUCAUCGACGAGGGCUUAAAAAAUAAAGCGUUGAGUCCUUCUGAAGUGGAAGAUGUAAUGGCCUUGUGCGACCAGUUGGAAUCGACCCCAAAACUUGCAGAAUCCUCGCGGCCCAUCGUUGAAUCAGGAGUGCCAUUGAUUGUUAAAAUCGCAACUACAUGGCCUGAUAUCAAUAGGCUUCCAGGCCUGGAUCUCCUUCGCCUCCUGGCUGCAGCCUCACCGCUUAGUGCGACCUUGAAUUACGAUGGUGAAAAUCUUGUGACAGCUAUUCUGGAAAGUGAGGUUUUCGAGUUACCUUUCAACGUUAAUAACGCAAUGCUUGCCAUUCGGACUUUCGCCAACCUCUUUGAAACGGACCCCGGCCGAGAUCUGGCCAUGGCCCACUUUGACCAAAUCCUGGCGGGAGUAAAGUCAGCCCUGGAAAAUGCUGGAGAUUCGCCGAACCGUAAUCUCGUCAUUGCCGUGACAACUCUGUAUAUCAACUUUGCCGUCCACCUUUCUUCGGAUAGCUCAUCUCCUGACUCUGCCGAGCGUGGCUUGGUUCUUCUUGAAAACCUUACUAAGAUUCUCGCCGGAGAAAAAGACUCUGAAGCAGUCUAUCGGGCGCUUGUUGCUUUGGGAACAUUGGUCAAGACUCUCGGACACGAGGUGAAGAGUGCGGCGAAGGAUAUCUACGAGGUCGGCAGUAUUCUCACACGAGUCUCCGGGUCUGCCCCAGGAAAAGAGCCCCGUAUCAAGGGCGUCAUCGGCGAGCUUCGGAAAACUCUUUAA